AGACACUUUAUAACCCGAAACACGUCAAUGAAGUUGGUCAAUAGGAGCGGUUAGUGCGGAGACGCCACUUAUCGUGUGUCGAAUCCUAGCGCGAUGUCCAGCGUCAAAUUAGAAUAAUCAUCCAUUUUGACGUUUCACACGUUUGCAUCAGACAGCCGACUGUUUACAAAGCGAACUUUAUUGUGGACUUUUUGAGUGUUUUUUUUUUUCAUGAUGGAGGAUCGGAAGGAGGAGAAGGAGGCAGAGAUUCAGGAGCACGGACCCGAACACUGGUUUUCAAACUGGGAGAGGCAGUGCCUCGCCGAGGCCGACCAAGGAGAGCCGAGUAAAGAAGAAGCCGACCAAAACCAAGAGAAACUCUGGCAUAUGUUUCAGAAUUCGGCUACGGCGGUGGCGCAGCUCUAUAAAGAUCGGGUUUGCCAUCAACAAGGCCCGUCCCUGUGGGCGCCGUUUCAGAACGCAGCAACAGCCGUGACCAAUCUCUACAAAGAAAGUGUGGAUGCACAUCAGCGAAGCUACGAGCUCGGGGUCCAGACGGGUCAGCAGAGACGCAACAAGGAGGUCUUGGCCUGGGUCAAGAAGAGAAGAAGAAACAUCUGGAGGGAAGAUCUGAUCAGCUUCCUGUGUGGCAAAACACCGCCUCCGAGGGUCUCCAGAGCCACGCCCAGAAUUCCGCCCAACCGCCCGGCUUCAUCGGAUCCAGUCUCGUCUGUAGAGACUGACCUGCAGCCUUUCCGUGAAGCCAUCGCUCUGCACGGUCUGAGCGGCGCGAUGGCAAGCAUCAGUGUCCGUUCCGGUGCUCCGGGUUCUCCCACCCACGUGGGCGGCAGCUCGAACCCGGGCCGCAGGAGAAACGGGCUCCACGACGUCGACUUGAACACUUUUAUAGCAGAGGAGAUGGCGUUGCACCUGGAGAACGGCGGCAGCAGGAAGCGCACCAGCGCCCAGUGCAGCGACGUCAUCACGGACUCGCCGACCCACAAACGCAACAGGACGAUCUGAGCCCGAGAACAAAUGCGCACACAACACACACACACGCACACACACAAAACACACAUGCUGCUCAAAAAUAAAGCCAAUUAAUCCUCA